AUGGCGGACGCAUCAAAUGUAAAUGGAAGCUCGAAUGCUGCGGACGCAUCAAUUGGAACGGGUAACUCGAGCAAGGCAGACGAAUCAAAUGUAAAUGGAAACUCGAGGUCUACAGUGGCAUCAAUUGGGACGGGAAACUCGAGCAAGGCAGACGAAUCAAAUGUAAAUGGAUACCCGAGUAACACGGACGCAUCGAUUGGUACGGGUAACUCGAGCAAGGCGGACGAAUCAAAUGUAAAUGGAAACCCGAGUACCACGGACGCAUCAAUUGGAACGGGUAACUCGAGCAAGGCGGACGAAUCAAAUGUAAAUGAAAACUCGAGUACUGCGGACGCAUCAAUUGGAACUGGUAAUUCGGGCAAGACAGACGAAUCAAAUGUAAAUGGAAACUCGAGAACUGCUGACGCAUCAAUAGGAACGGGUAACUCGAGCAAGGCGUACGAAUCAAAUGUAAAUGGAAACUUGAGUACCACGGACACAUCAAUUGGAACGGGUAACGCGAGCAAGGCGGACGAAUCAAAUGCGGACGAAUCAAAUGUAAAUGGAAACUUGAGUACCACGGACACAUCAAGUGGAACGAAUAACUCGAGCAAGGCGGACGAAUCAAAUGUAAAUGGAAACUCGAGUCUCACGAACGCAUCAGUUGGAACUGGUAACUCGAGCAGGGCUGACGAAUCAAAUGCACAUGGAAACUUGAUUACUGCGGACGCAUCAAUUGGCACGGGUAACUCGAGCAAGGCGGACGAAUCAAAUUUAUAUAGAAACUCGAGCAAGGCGGACAAAUACAAUGUAAAUAGAAACUCGAUUACCACGGGCGCAACAAUUGGAACUACCAACUCGAGCAAGGCGGACGAAUCAAAUGUUAAUGGAAACUCGAGUACCACGGACGCAUCAAUUGGAACGGGUGACGCGAGCAAGGCGGACGGAUCAAAUGCUGACGAAUCAAAUGCAAAUGGAAACUUGAUUACUGCGGACGCAUCAAUUGGCACGGGUUACUCGAGCAAGGCGGACGCAUCAAUUGGAACUGGAAACUCGAGCAAGGCGGACAAAUCAAAUGCAAAUGGAAACUCGAGUACCACGGGCGCAACAAUUGGAACUACCAACUCGAGCAAGGCGGACGUAUCUUAUUUUAAAGGAAACUCGAGUACCACGGACGCAUCAAUUGGAACUGGUAACUCGAGCAAGGCGGACGAAUCAAAUGCAAAAAGAAACUCGAAUACCACGGACUCAUCGGUUAGAACUAGUAACUCGAGAAUUUCGAGUACCACGAACGCAUCAAUUGGAACUGGUAACUCGAGCAAGGCGGACGAAUCAAAUGUAAAUGGGAACUUGAGUACCACGGACGCAUCAAUUGGAACGGGUAACUCGAGCAAGGCGCACGAAUCAAAUGUUAAAGGAAACUCGAGUACCACGGACGCAUCAAUUGGAACUGGUAAAUCGAGCAAGGCGGACGAAUCAAAUGUUAAUGUUCAAUCGAGUGCCACGGUUGGAACUGGUAACUCGAACAAGGUAGACGAAUCAAAUGUAAAAGGAGAUUCGACUACCACGGACGCAUCAAUUGAAACUGGUAACUCGAGAAAGGCGGACGAAUCAAAUGUAAAAGCAAACUCGAGUACCACGGACGCAUCAAUUGGAACGGGUUACUCGAGCAGGGCGGACGAUUUAAAUGUUAAAGGAAACUCGAAUACCACGGACGCAUCAAUUGGAACGGGUAACUCGAGCAAGGCGGACGAAUCCAAUGUAAAUGGACACUCGAGUACCACGUACGCAUCAAUUGGAACUAAUAACUCGAGCAAGUAG